AUGUGCUCCUGGAGAGUAACAUUUGGUCUUUUUGCUUUAAGUGAUGUGCGCCAUGUUGACUGGGUAAAAUCUUACCUGAAUAUUUGGAAUCAGCUGCAAGCAUACAUUAAGGAAUAUCAUACAACAGGGACCUCAUGGGGCCAUGCACUAUCCUCAAAAGGAGAACCUCAGCACAAUAAUGCAACAUCAGGAUCAUGUUACCCACCACCACCACCUCCUCCGCCACCUCCAGGACCUCCUCCGAGUCUAGAUAUAUUUAAUAAAUCCAAAGAUGAUAUGUCUCAGGAUCGAUCCGCACUCUUUGCCCAACUCAACCAAGGAGAAGCCAUUACAAAAGGUCUUAAACAUGUUUCUGAUGACCAGAAAACCCACAAGAACCCUAGACUACGUGGGCAAGGAGUAGCAGCCCGAUCCCCCACAAAGAGCUCCAGCUCUAGCUCUCCGAAGGCACCACCACAGUCUUAUCCUCCUCUGCUAGAGCUAGAGGGAAAGAAAUGGAGAGUGGAGUAUCAAGAAGGAGUGAACAACUUAGUGAUUUCUGACACCGAGCUGAAACAAGUGGUUUACAUUUACAAGUGCAAGAAAGCAACAUUACAAAUCAAGGGAAAAAUCAAUUCCAUAAUAAUAGACAAUUGCACAAAACUUGGCCUAGUGUUUGAUGAUGUUGUCGGCAUUGUAGAAGUCAUUAACUCUAAGGAUGUGCAGAUACAGGUUAUAGGGAAAGUGCCAACAAUUUCAAUUAACAAGACAGAUGGCUGCCAUGUUUACCUGAGUGAAAGUUCAAUAGACUGUGAGAUUGUGAGUGCCAAAUCAUCGGAAAUGAACAUCCUUAUCCCAAACCAUGGAGAUUAUAGAGAAUUUCCUGUUCCUGAACAGUUCAAGACAUCAUGGGAUGGCUCAAAGUUGGUCACUGAACCUGCAGAGAUGAUGGGCUAA